AUGGCCUGCAGAGUUCUUGAUGUAAAUGGGACCUGUAGAAUAUAUCAGAGUUCAAUCUUUGGGGGAGUGACAGAGGAUGCUACAGUUUGUGCCAUUUUAUUUGUUAUGUUUCUAACAGUCUAUUCUCUCUCCUUAAUGGCCAAUGUGAGCAUAAUUGUGCUGAGCAGAAGCAGCCCUCAACUUUGCAUGCCCAUGUACCUUUUCCUCAACCAUUUGGCUUUUGUAGGGUACUCCUCAUCAGUCACAACUAUCAUGCUGAAGGGCUUUCUCAGGAAGGAAAUAAUUAUCCCUGUGCCUGACUGUGAGACCCACUUCUGUCCUGUAGUGACAUUUGGGUCAGUUGAGUGCUUCCUGGUGGAUGUCAUGGCUCAUGACCACUAUGCAGUCAUUUGCUCACCUCUGCUCUACUCAACACAGAUGUCCUCUAUAGUCUAAAUCCUUGUAAUGGGAGCUUUCUGCCGGUGGAUAUUUAUUGGUUAUUGCCUCAAUCUGUCCUUCUGUAGACCAAAUAAAGUUAAUCGUAUAUUAUAUGACUAUUCACAACUUUCAAAGCUUUCUUGUUCUCAUGACUCUUCUGAAGUCAUUCAAGCAAUCUCUUCAGGCUGCAUCAUUAUGGUCAUUGUAUUUAUCAUUGUUCUGUCUUACGUAUACAUCCUUCUCACCAUUCUGAAAAUACAUUCCUCUGAGGGCCACCAGAUUUUCUUCUCUACCAGCACCUCCCAUAUUACUGCAGUCACUCUGUUCUAUGAGAUCAUCACAUUUAUCUGUGUGAUGCCCAAGUCCAGCUACUCCAUGGACCAGAACAAGAUUGUGUCUAUGUUCUACACAAUGACCCCUAUGGUAAAACUCCUAAUCUAUAGCCUCCGAAACAAGGGUGAUAAAGAGGCCAUGAGAAAACUUGUGGCUAGCUCUCACUGGUAG